AUGGAGCAAAUUGAAUCUGUAAAGAAGAUGAUUGAAAAUCUUCGUUCUGAAGAUGCAGAACUUCGCCUCAGUAGUAUGCGUGGUAUCCAUCUCAUCGCUGCGACUCUUGGACCGGAACGAACCCGUGACGAGCUUCUUCUCUAUUUGACAGAUUACCUAGACGACAACGAUGAUGUUCUGCGAGUGUUUGCAAACGCUCUUGGGACCAUGCUUCCUGAGGUUGGUGGAGUGACUUACAUCACUUCUCUUCUCAACCCACUUGAGAUACUUUGUAGUUUAGACGAAGUUACUGUGCGUGAUGAGAUUAUUGCAUCAUUGGAACAUAUUGGUGAGAGUAUUUUUCGUGGCACAAACAGCAAAGCUCGGAUGGCUGACAAGGCGCGUAUUGAGUACCUCAAUCUUGUGGAGAGACUCAGCCAAGGAACAUCACAGUGUCGGAGCAUUGUAUGCAGUCUGAUUGCAACGGUCUACCCGAGUGUUUCAUCCAAUGAGCGGGCAAACCUUAUUAAUAUGUUCAAGGCGCUCUGUGCUGACGAAGAAAUUAUGGUGCGUCGUGCUGCGUGUGUGGCGAUGGGUGCAAAACUGGCAGGUACUCUUAGCACGAAAACUGUGGUUGACCUCAUCCCCGUUCUAGUUAGUUUUUCCAAGGCCACCAGCGAUGGGGUACGUCUCCAGGUCGUACCGACCUCGGCUGCUGUCCUGAAGGCACUGCCGGAGGUGCAUCACAAUUCGGUUUUGAACCUGAUCAAAGCUCUCGCGGCGGACAACUCUUGGCGGGUGCGCUACAUGACUGCAGAUUCCCUAGGCAGCCUUGCAGCUGCUAUGACGCCGCCUGACGUGGUGAAGUUCGCCAUUCCUAUCUUUCGUUCACUUUGCCAGGACACUGAGCCUGAAAUACGUGCCUCUGCGGUCUUUAACAUGCCGGGAAUGGUCUCGGCGUGUCGUGAUUUAAAUAUAAAAAAGGACGUUCUGAUCACCGGGACUCGCCUCAUAACGGAUGAAAGUAGUCACGUCCGGAUGUGCCUGGCGAGCGCGGUUCUCAAGUCUGUGGCGAACGUGCCGAGGGAGCUGUGGGACGGUAACAUCGUCCCAACUUGCACUAGGCUUCUUAAUGAUACGGAGGCGGAUGUGCGGCUUGCCCUCGUUUCUGGUUUCAGCUCAAUUGGGAACACAUCUGAAGCGAAGGAUCUCGCGCCAAAGCUGGUCCCGGUCAUCAUCUCCCUCGCCUCGGAUCCAAAGUGGCGACUGCGCGAAACCGUUGUCUUGCAGCUACCGUCCGUCAUCAGUGCACUGGGGCCAAACACCGAGGAUAUCUUGGAUGUUUGUAUUGAGCGUUUAACCGACCGAGUAGCCACCAUCCGCGACACUGCGGCGCAGUCCUGCUGCCGCCUAGUAGGAGAAAACGGAUCUAUAUGGGCUAUGCGCACCCUCUUCUCGAGGCUUGAGCCUCUCUCCAAGGAUAAAAACUACCUUCAUCGUGUCUCGCUUUGUCAUUUGUAUGCAGGUCUCGCAGACGUUGCCGUUUUUGACAGUAGCACUUGUGAGGCUGUUGUUUGGCCGAUACUAGUGCAGCUCCGGGACGACCCGGUCGCGAAUGUUCGUCUGAAUGUGUGCCGAGCAGCCCUGGCACUAUAUAAAGCGAAGAAAACUUCUUUGCGAGAGAUCCAUCUUAUUUUGGACAAGCUCAAGACUGAUCCAUCAGAGGAUGUGCGUGAUUUGGUGAAUAGAAUCACAGAAAAUGGCAGGACUCCAAAUAGACUAUAG